AUGGGGGAGAAGUAUGGGAUUGAGAAUGAGCGCAAGGUUGCAACUCCCCUGCCAGCAGAAUUCAAGCUUGUGAAGGCUGCAGAGGAUGAAGGGGUUGAAGCCGAGGAGCAGCAGCAAUUUCAGUCCUUGGUGGGCAGCCUCUUGUACGCAGCAGUUCACACAAGGCCCGACAUCUCUUUCUCGGUUGGGCAGCUGGCUAGGGGGGUAAAGAAUCCAUCAGAGGAGCAGGUGGAUGCAGCUGAGCGUGUGGUGCAAUACCUGAACUCUCACCCUAACAUUGGAGUUCAAUACUCCACAUCUGCACAGGUGAAGCAGAAAGGGGUGGAGGUGCUGAAAGAGAAGGGGGAGAGGCUUGGAGAAGGCAAGCUAUUUCUCACUUGCUUUACCGAUGCUACGUGGGCUUCUGAGAAGGAGGAUUCCUCAUCUGUAGGAGGAUACAUCUGCGUAGUUGGGGGAGGACCUGUUAGUUGGAGGUCCAAGAAGCAGACGGAGACGGCACUCUCUUCCGUAGAGUCAGAGUACAUGGCGAUGUUCCAUGGGGUGAAGGAGGUGAUUUGGCUGAGGAGGCUGUUAGAGGAGAUUGGCCAGGAGCAGAAAGUUGCUACGCCGCUGUUUUGUGAUAGCAAGGGGGCUCUUGGGAUGGCCAGAAACGCUGUGCUUCAUGGGCUGAACAAGCACAUGCGUAUCAAGUGGCACUGGCUGCGUAAGGAGGUGAAGAGGGGGACGGUGAAUCCGAUCUACAUCAAGACUCACCAGCAGCCAGCAGACUUUCUCACCAAGAGGCUUGCGGAUGAGCCUCAUUGGCGUUGUGUGCGCAUGAGUGGAAUGAGCAUGAACUAG